AAAACGGCUGGUCCAGACUGGGAUCGAAUUAUCCAACUGCCGUGUUAUGUGGAGCAUGCUAAUAGUGCGGGGCUGGUGAGAAAAGCAGUUGCAGCGCGCUGGUAACGAAACUUCGCCCAUUUCUCGGCAUCGCUUCUCGGCCUUUUGGCUAAGAUCAAAGUGUAGUAUCUGUUCUUAUCAGCUUAAUAUCUGAUACGUGGCUUCCUAGCCACUACGAUAUUAAACUGAUUUUUGGACACAGGCGAGAUGCCCGGGGCUUGCUCCGCUCUCGCCACGGGUCGGCCCGGUAUUGCAGUCCCUCCGGGAAUGGCCCAAUAUAAGCAAACAAUGUACGAAUGGUUCUCCAAACAAACAGACACACAAGCGCAAAUGUACACAUGCAAUAACUGCCCGCUCGCUUCAGGUCUAGAAAUCUAGUGUGUUAUUUUAGAUCUAGUAAGCGCACGUGCAAAAACUGAGUUGAGCUCACUCAGCCUGUUGGCCUCACAAUCGAGUGUGCUGUUUCCCCCCUUUCAAUUUCCAUUUUACGCCGGGCAGUCAGAGCAAGCGGAGGUCGAGGAGAUCAGAGGGACAAGAAAAUGUGCCUGCUCCCUGUCACGAUGUCAACGUUUCAUUCAUUCAUUCUGUUUUCCAGUGGCAGCAGUAGCAGCAGUAGCAGAAAACCAGAGCAAUGAUCUUCCAGACCAGCAUAAAAUACACCGACCGACCUGAGCUUAUCAGACAUGAAGAAAACACCUAUAUAUCGUAAAGCUCACCGGAAAAGGAGCAGGCCGGAUCCGGAAUCCCCAAAUGGUAGAUGAGAUCACAACGAGGUACGGCCUACAGGAGCAACACGUUGUGAGCAUAUAUCGAAAUCCAACAUCCUUCAACAUAUACAUAACACUUGUGGACACUGUACCAGAAACACUACUCCACGAUACACAAUUUCAAAUCGACUCAUACACACACGCAUACAUUCAAAAACUCACCAGAGAAAAAAAGAAACUGUAUUUGUCAUGGGUGCCGCCAUCCUUUCCACCAGAUGUGGUAGAAGAUAUACUGUACACAUUUCUAGACAAGAACAAACCCAUUACAAUCUUACCACAAAAACACAACCACAAUGCAGACAGAUAUCUAAUAUUAGCAGAAUUUCAAGAAGACGACAUUCCACACUACGUACAAGUAACAUUAGACAACACUGAAAAAACCCCAGAACUAAUUGAUAUACUUGUGACAUUACCAAACCGUCCAGUGGCCUGUCACUCCUGUGGAGUGCCCGGUCACUGGGCAAGUAACUGCCCGAGAGUAACGGGCAGAUACCCACAACACCAACCACCACCACCGACAACAUCAACAACAACAACGACAAAUUCGUACAGUAACGCACUCAGACAAGCACCCAAACAGAACAGAGGGCACAUACAGAAGACAGCCCUUCUCCCAACACCAACAACACCCGCACAGCAAGAUCCCGCCACACCAAGACCGGCCUCGCCGAGGCCGAAACCACGACCCUCUUCACCGCCACCGGAUCCUCCUACAGUAGACCUAACAUCACCGACUCCAACACCGAACACAACAGAAACAGACCCAACAGCUCACCCCAACACCCCCCACACCGACACCGCCUGCUCCUUUGCCCGACACCUCACCACCAAUAGACGACACCAACACGCUCGACCCAGUACGAUUAGACUGGGUCAAAGAAAGCGAAAAUAUUGCUUAGUUAGACCCACCAACAGAAAACAUCGAAAUCGACUUCAAGGCAGCACAGAAAAACGCCAAGGAGAAAAGAAGAGCCGCAGCCAACUCAGCCGACUGCGACUGCUACUGCGACUCGUUUGUGGUCGAAGGGAGGCAAACAAAUGCUUGCCGAGGAGCAGCGAUGACGAGCGCAAUAGGGGCCCUUCACUUUUGGUCCACGAAAGUCGCCCCUCUUCCCGUAGACACGCAAUAGGUGUGAGAGGGUGAAAAUAGUGGCAUUUUCCCUCGAAAACGUGAACCACAAAGGCUACGCAGUGAACACCGGCCCUAGGUGCAAUGACGCAACCCAGCAAAACGGCUGGUCCAGACUGGGAUCGAAUUAUCCAACGGCCGUGUUACGUGGAGCAUGCUAAUAGUGCGGGGCUGGUGAGAAAAGCAGUUGCAGCGCGCUGGUGAGGAAACUUCGCCCAUUUCUCGGCAUCGCUUCUCGGCCUUUUGGCUAAGAUCAAAGUGUAGUAUCUGUUCUUAUCAGCUUAAUAUCUGAUACGUGGCUUCCUAGCCACUACGAUAUUAAACUGAUUUUUGGACACAGGCGAGAUGCCCGGGGCUUGCUCCGCUCUCGCCACGGGUCGGCCCGGUAUUGCAGUCCCUCCGGGAAUGGCCCAAUAUAAGCAAACAAUGUACGAAUGGUUCUCCAAACAAACAGACAAACAAAUCACACACAAGCGCAAAUGUACACAUGAUGUAGAUCUAGAUGUACAACAAUUGUCGCAUGUGUAGCUGCCCGCUCGCUUCAGUGUGUUGUUUAGAUCUAGUAAGCGCACGUGCGAAAACUGAGUAGAGCUCACUCAGCCUGUUCGCCUCACAAUCGAGUGUGCUGUUUCCCCCUUUCAAUUUCCAUUUUACGCCGGGCAGUCAGAGCAAGCGGAGGUCGAGGAGAUCAGA